AUGGUUUCAUUAGUUAAGGAAAAACAAACUGUAGAUGUGCUAAUUUGUGGCGCAGGUCCCGUUGGCCUAUUCUUAGCCAAUGAAUUGGCUGAAUUUGAAAUCAGUUACCGCAUCAUUGAGAAGGUCGAAAAGCAUCCCAAUUUUUCAAAGGCUCUUUUGGUAGCACCAAGAACUAUGGAAAUUUUAGAUAAUAGUCUUUUAGAACCAUUCUUGGAACAUGGUGUCAAAGUGAAUCAUUUCUGUACAUACCAAAAUGUUCAUGAUGAUCCGAUCAAGAUCGACCUUAGUACCAUGGACAAUCCCUUUGCAUUUGGAUUAUUGAACCGUCAAAAUAAAACUAUGGAUUAUUUAAAUGACGCUCUACAGAAAAAGAAAUCAUUGGGAAAGAAACAAGUUUCUAAUAUUGAAUUCGGCACGGAACUAAUAAAGUAUGAAGAGAAAGAUGACCAUAUCGUUGCUAUUGUAAAAAAGAACAACAUGGAAAAAGAAAUUAUUUGUCAAUAUUUAGUAGGAUGUGAUGGUUGUCAUUCUGCCGUCAGAAAAGGAACAAAGGGUUGGACUUAUGAAGGUCAAUCACUGAAAUCUUCAUGGGCUUUGGCUGAUGUAGAAAUUGAUCAUGAAUUGGUUAAAUACGACCACGUAACUGCUUUCGCGCUUGGUGAAGGGCCUCUCGUGAUGUUUCCAUUGGAUGCUAGAAAAAAUACUUUCCGUAUCGUUGCUAAAGUUUCUGAAGAGGAAAAUAAACUUGAAACUAAUGACCACGUUACACAUGGUCUCACAAAUGAAACGCAUAUUACACUGGAAGAGUUUCAGAAAUUGAUUGAUGAGAGAAUUGCCCCAAUUAAAUUGGAACUAAAGAAUCCU